AUGGUCGAAUUAAAAACAGAUUCAACCUCCAUCGGUCCGCUUGGAGUUAUUGCAUCAACAUGGCUUCUAUCCGCAAGUUUUAUCCUAACUACCGAUUCUUUUUCCAGGACACUAGUAAAGAAUAACAUUAAGGAGGCCAAGUGGCUCCUCUAUGCUGUCAACCUAGCAGUCCUUGUUAACGAAAUAAUCAUGCUACCUCAAAUAAUCGCCAGUUCAAAUUGUUCAAAUGCUAGGGAAAGUCCAGGCUGCCGCGCUAGCGCUGUGAGUUUUACAAGGUGUUCUGAUUACACCUCCGUACGUUUAUUUUACUCGCUGGAUGUAAUUAAAUACGUUUCAUAUACCAUUUCUAAAACGGGUAUUUUGCAUCUUGCGUAUCAACGAUGUAAAUCGAUCUAUGAGCCAGUUGGGAGACUAGCGUUUAAACGCUUCCAUCGUAUUGUUCUUGUAAUACGCGCCUUAGAAAUUACUUCCUUGGUGAUAAUAACCACACUAGAUGCUAUCGAGUGCCAGGGAUCGUACUGUAGUCCAGCAUGUUCAUUUAUACCCACUUCUUCGACAAUGCGAGAAAUGAUGGUACCCUUUUUUCGCAUUUACUACAUUAUUCUUGAGUUUAUCUUCUACAGGGAACUUCUUCACAUUGUAAAACAUACAAAAAAUGAACAAAAUUAUCGAGAUAUUAUCCAUCAGAUAAUUCUCUUUUCAAUUGAUAUAUUACAACUUUCAGCAAUGUGUAUCUAUCGACUAUUAGGAUUUAAGUAUAGUUUACCCACUCAUCUUUAUGCCGAGAUCUUUAGCACGUCAUACACUAUAUUCGUAAUGACUAGAUUCUGGAACAGAAUAAAGGGGAUUUUUGAUAGCGAGUUUGACGAGAAAGCAGGAUCCUUCUAG